GGUUCCGGCCGGAGGUGGAGUCAUUUUUUCAUUUAAAUCCCCGACUAUAAAAUGGGUUUAAGGAGAAGCGGGAUCUCAUCAGCUGAGGCGCCCAGAGGAGGUGGUGGGAGUGAGCGGCGGCGGGGGAGGCGAGCGGGAGGCACGGGACCACAGCGUGGGUGCCCAGCGGAGCUGCCACUCCUGCCGCGGCGAUGCUACACUCCGUGGGCGCCCAAACCUUGCAAGCGCUCAGCCAGGUGGCCGCCGGCGUGCUCCUCCUGCCCCGCUUCCUCCUGACCGCUGUGAUGCUCUGGCUCCUGGAUUUUCUCUGCAUCCGGAAGAAACUCUUGCUGACCGCGGCGGCGGCGGCGGCGGCGACACCUGGUGAGGAGCAAGAGUUGGCGGCCGAGGACGGCGACUCGAGCGACGGGACCUGCCCGCCGGACGACCCUCCGCUCUGCGUCUCCGACUCGAACCGCAUGUUCACCUUGGAGUCGCUCAAAGCCGUGUGGCACGGGCAGAAACUGGACUUUUUCAAGGCGGCGCACGUCGGCGCGACGGCGCCCAACCCGGAGGUCGUCCAGCUGGACGGGCGCACGCGGCUGCGCAUCCUGGACUACGCCCGGGGCAAGAGGCCGCUGAUCCUCAACUUCGGCAGCUGCACCUGACCGCCCUUCAUGGCGCGCCUGCGCGCCUUCGAGCGCCUGGCCACGCGCUUCGUGGACGUCGCCGACUUCUUGCUGGUCUACAUCGAGGAGGCUCACCCUUCCGACGGCUGGGUCAGCUCGGACGCCGCCUACGACAUCCCCAAGCACCAGUGCUUGCAGGACCGGCUGCGAGCCGCUCAGCUGAUGAAGGAAGGCGCGCCGGGCUGCCCGCUGGCCGUGGACACCAUGGACAACGCCUCGAGCGCCGCCUACGGGGCGUACUUCGAGCGCAUCUACAUUAUCCAGGAGCGGAAGGUCAUGUACCAGGGCGGCCGGGGCCCCGAGGGCUACAAGAUCUCCGAACUCAGGCGCUGGCUCGACCAGUACAAGAGCAGCCUCCGGGCCGGGCCCAGCACCGUCAUCGUCCAGGUGUAAGGAAGACUCCCCGGCGGAGGGAAAAGCGGACGGGAAGGAAAAGAGGCAGCUCGAACUGCUUCGCUUUCCUUUCCCGCCCCUUUCCGUAACUCCCGAGAGGCUCUGUGUGAGUUUUCAUACGAGACGUUAUUCAAAUCAUGUUGAUUUGCCCAGCAUUUGUUAUUGACAUCCAUUUCCACGUGCAGUUUUGUUUCCCUUUAUUUCCUGAUUGCGUGCGUAAACGAACAGCGCUCGCUCGCUCUCCCUCCCUCUCCCCUGCGUGGGGGGGGGGGGGGGAGGGGGGGGGGGGGAAACGCGCUUCCUGGUUUUUUUUGGAGGGCCUGUUGCUGAGCGUGUGCGUGCACGUGCGGGCUUCGGGUGUACGUGUGCGCGGGUGUUUCCGAUGGGAACGGUCUUCUGCCGUGCACGUGUGUCUGUUGGAGAGAAGUUUCGCGUGCCCAAGCGGUGUGUGUUCUCUCUUUAUUUUUUUUCCUCUCUCUCUCUCCGCUAUCCUAGCAAACUACUUGGCUGGGAGUUCUAGCGUUUCUUUAUGAUGACCGGUUUCGAAAUGGAGCGCCAGGAAACCGAGUCUGAAAUUGGGAGAUGCUAGAAUUGCCAGUUUUGGUUUUUGAGGAAAGCACAAAAAACACAAAAACACACAAAAAAAAACAAACACCCCACGAGUCUAUUUAUGUGAUUUCUGAGCUGGUGGUAUAUUGAGCUUCUUUUUUCUUUUCUUUUUUUUGUAAAAUACCUGUUUUUUAUGAGCUUUUUAUAACAUUAUUAAUAAAGAUGAUUGAAUAAA